AUGUCCUCUCACACAACACUCCAAGCUCCAUCAGCCGAACAAGCACCUAACACAAAUAUUGUGUUACUCAAAGCGGCUGUAAGAGACAUUGAAGAGAUGAAGAUUACUCACCUUGCAUUCAAGGAUCUAACAGACAAAAAUGUCAAGAUUCUGAAUGCCAAAAACCUCCUCUUGAAGCAGGACAAUCUGCAGAUGAAAGCCAACAUUGAAAACCUGAAAAAACAGGUUGACUUCUUGAAAAAAAACUUGGGUGUAGAAUGUGUGGAGUACGACAAUGAUGGAGAGGACCAGGCAACCGAACAAGUCAAUAACAAUGAUGCAAGCACAACACAGUCACUUACCGACACCAAUAUUUCCCUUUCCAACAUUGAUCUGUCGAAUGUUGAUUUAGAGACCCUGCCACCGGAACAAAAAGAGAUUAUAAGCCUUGAAGUGGCUGACUCAAAAAUUGUCAAGAUAAACCGGAAGCAAAACACUUACCCAAUUUCCCCUCCUCUAUCAGGAAAAAAGGUCCAAGCACGUGAGAAAGAGUCUGAGGCAGCUCAAUUAAUUGAUGAUGAUGACGAUGAAAUUGCCAUCAGUGUACCUGUAUCUAAAGCACACAGAAAUUCCCGUGCACAAUCAAAAUGUGACCAACGCAAAUGCAAACGGCCUCUAUCGGCAUACACUGACCCGAAAUAUGAUGCAGCAUUCAUCAUCAACGCUAUGUCUGACAAUGAGGAUGACCCUGAUUAUAGGCCAACAUCAAAUGAACCUAAGACAUUCAGGACAAGUUGAGUGGAUAUUUCAGAUUGUUCAAAUUCGUCUUGAGUAAGGGAAGUCAUUUUU